AACACCGCUAGCUGCUGCUAAUGGAUACAGAUGCUGGUGAGGGUCUGUGACACAAACAGCGGAGCUAGCUCACAUCCCUCCGGUAAAUACGGUCCUGUUAGGGGGUCGUGUAGCGUGUAGAGAAGCCCAUGGUCACGGGAGAUGAUAUUUGUGCGUGUGACAGAAUCUUCCGUGCCAUUUAAAGUGGAUUUUGGCCGCGGUGGAUGUGGAAUCGUGCAGCGGGAAGGCUGCUAGCGUUAGCCCGCUAGUGGAGUGUUUAAAGGCCGCCGUCCUGCGCUGCCUGCCUGCCUGCCUGGAGACGCUUUGCUGAAAUCAACCGCUAUCACAACAAAAACAGUUAGCUAGCUAGUUGGGUUAGCUCUGGUUAGCUAGAUUAGUAUCACCAGCACAGCUUCCAGAAUGUAAUCUAUCAGCAAAUAUGUGUAUAUAAACAAUGAAGACACGGACUCGGAAACUGGUCUCCAGGCUGUGAGCAAGCAAGACCUCCAGCUCUCACUGCUUCUCUCCAACUCAUCCAGCUGGAGGACAGAAUGGAUUCCCUUGUUCCUGUACUGUUCCUGUCUUUUUUGAUGGCCCCUGUCUGCUGGGCAGGGGACUGUAAAGGCCAAAGGCAGAUUCUGAGAGGACCCCCAGGAUAUGUGACAGAUGGGCCAGGAAACUAUUCAGUGAAUGGCAACUGUGAAUGGCUUAUCACAGCUCCUGGUAACAAUUAUCGUAUUGUGCUCAACUUCACCUUUAUGGAGACAGAGUGCACUUAUGAUUACCUGUUCAUCUACGAUGGAGACUCCUAUCAAAGCCCACUUUUAGCAAGUCUCAGUGGCACUACCCUUCCCCAACCAAUAGAAGCAAAGUCUGGCAAGAUGCUGCUCCACCUCUUCAGUGACGCUAACUACAACCUACUGGGCUUUAAUGCUACCUACACCUUCUCACUAUGCCCCGGGGACUGUGGAGGUCAUGGGUGCUGUGAUGCAGCCUCAGCCCGAUGUCAGUGCCAUCAGGGCUGGGGAGGGGUGGACUGCACUAAACGACUUUGCUCUGCAGAGUGUACCCAACAAGACCACGGCCACUGUGAUAAGAAGGGAGAACGUUGUCUAUGUAACUUGGGCUUUGUUGGGCAGAACUGUCAGCUGGGUCUCCGCAACAACAGUGGUGUGGGACAGUGGUGGGAUGUUAACACUGGUGAGACCAAGGCUCCUCCUCGGACUGCAUCAGCUGGGGUCUACCUGUCCUCCAGCAGAUCCUUCUACAUGUUUGGAGGUUUUGACCUAAACAGAGCACUGGGUGACCUUGUGGAGUAUGAUUUUUCAACCAAUAAAUGGGAGAAGAAGCUGCACGUGGUUGCCCCUAGUCCACGGCAUUCUCACACGGCAGUGGAAUGGCAGGGUAACAUGGUGAUCUAUGGUGGUGAGCUUUCUAACCACUCAUUGGCUAGUGAUGUCUGGAUUUACCGCCCACAACAAGAUAAAUGGGAACAGCUUGGCCAGUCUUUUGCCCCAGGGGCUCCUAGGCUGGCGAAUCACGCAGCUGCUGUUGUGGAUAACUAUCUUUACGUGUUUGGGGGGCGCACAGAAGAGGACAUGUUCUCCUCCUCUCUGUAUCGUUUUCAGCUGUGGAGCAAAGUCUGGGAGACCGUGCAGCCAUACGGUGGAAAGCCUCCUGCAACUGCAGGCCACAGCAUGGUUUUUCAUGCUCUGUCCAGAACUCUGAUAGUGUAUGGAGGACACAGACCUACUACAGCCAGGUUCAGUGUGCGGGUAAAUUCCACAGAUAUUUUCCAGGUGGAUAAGCGUUACUGGACCUCCCUGCGUUCACGCUUUCCUGCUAACGGACCUCGAGAGAGAGCCUUCCAUUCAGCCUCCAUUAUUGGCAAUUACAUGGUCGUGUAUGGUGGCAAUGUGCACAUCCAUUACAUGGAGGAAAAGUGCUAUGAUAAAGAGAUCUUCUUCUACCACCUUGGAUGCCACCAGUGGGUUUCUGGUGGAGAGAGUCUGCGGCACCGAAGCCAGUCUUCAAGAGGCCGUUACUCCCAUGUAGCUGCUGUGAUGGAUGGUCGUGUACUGCUUGUGGCUGGAGGUUACAGCGGGGUUGCACUUGGUGAUCUGGUAGCUUACAAAGUCCCACUGUUUGUCAUCAGUGAUCCUGCAGACAGGGAUGCAGUGUGUGCUGAGGCUCCAGACGAGAGUUUAUGUCUUAAAAACCCAGAGUGCAGUUGGUGUGAGGGUCGCUGUCGGGAGUAUCAGCCAACUAACCCGUGUGGUAGCAAUGGCUGUUUGGGUUUGGCCCGUUUCCUCUCUGACUGCCAGUCAUGUUUGGUAUUCAGUGGGGUGGCCAACUCUCUUCCCCGUGCUCCCGGUAACUUCGGCUGGUGUGUGCAGAAUGAUUCCUGUUUGCCAGUCUCAGAGCAAAGUGUGUGCCGCGUGGACCAGAUCUCAGGGGCGUACGGCUGGUGGGGGAUGCGCACGCGUUUCCUGACCUCCCUCCCCUUCUGUCGCACCGAGAACUAUGUCCCGGGACUGCACCUGCUCACCUUCCAGCACCCCCGCAACCAGUCACAGCCUGACAAGGUCUCCAUUCUAAGAAGUACCUCAAUCACGCUCAACCCCUCCACUGAGAUGGAUGUCACGCUGCAGUUCCGUGGCUUUAUUCACCCCUUGUGGGGUUCCCCGCCUCCCCAGGAGACUGUCGCCAUGUGGGCCAGGAUCCAGAAGAUUCACUUCACUGCUCAGAUGGCUGCAGGGCCCAACUCUGUACAGCUGACGGAUGUGCUGGGAAGCUGGUCCGCUCAGGAGGAGAAGGAGAGCCGCCUCCUGACACGGCAGAAUGGAUCUUGCCUGUUUCAGAACCUGACGCGGGGAAACCGAUAUCUGGUCCAGGCAGAGGGCUACCUCAACAACUCUGCCUCAGGCCAGACUAGUGAGAUGACUCUCAUCUGGAAUAGAACUGCCCUACCUGGAGGAAGCGAGAUCUCUUUCCUCUUUCUGGAGCCCUACCGCUCUGAGUCCUGUUCCGAAUAUCGCUCCUGCUCAGCCUGUCUGUCUGAUCAGUCCUGCGGCUGGUGUCCCACCACCAAUAUAUGUGCACUGCGUGCCAAUGUCAGUCAUGAGCCCUGUCUAGAGCCACGAGGAGAAGAGCGCCACCUGCUGCUUAACCCCCAGCACUGUACGCUGUGUGAGGAGUACAGAGACUGUGCAGCAUGCACUCAGGACCCCUAUUGUGAGUGGCAAAUCAACUCCAGUAAGAAAGGUGAUUACCUGUGUAGUCGCCGUGGGAGGCUGGAAGGAUCCAUCCGUGACCCCAGAGGCUGCCCGAAAGUCUGUAAUCAGAGAACAACAUGUGCAGAGUGUCUGUCCAACUCCAGCCAGUGUGCAUGGUGCGAGUCUGCUCAGUCCUGCUUCUACUUUGCUGCUUAUCUCACUAAGUUCCCUUAUGGAGAGUGCAGAGACUGGUAUGACAGUGUUCACUCAGUUCCUCAGUGUAAGCAGUGCUCAGCUUUAGCCACAUGUACAGAAUGCCUGCAGACAUUCCAGUGUGGCUGGUGUGGCGACUACAACAACCCUACUAUUGGCAGGUGUUUGAAAGGUGACUGGGGAGGAAUGAAUGACCCAUCAGUGACUAACUGCUCCAUAGCUGUAGCUGAAGUGAAAGCCACCAGUCCUGAGCCACAGACUUUAUCCCCCCCACGACCGAUGGAGCUUGAGAUGGAGCUGGAGCUCCUGGAGGGGGUGGAGGGUGAUGGAGAUGCUGUAUGGUCCUAUCCGUCUUGUCCAGAUGUGGAGGAGUGCCGGUUGGGGCUCCAUACCUGCCACCCCUCUGCCACCUGUGUAAACACUCCCACCUCUUAUGAGUGCCAUUGUGAGAGGGGCUUCACUGGAGAUGGAGAACAUUACUGCAAUCAAACAUGCUACAACGAGUGUCGUGAGGGCCAGUGCAGUGGCAGUCCGUUAUUUGAAUGCGAGUGUUCCCUGGGAUGGACCUCAGACCCGGCUACUCUAGUGCUGAGUGGGGUGGAGUGUGACGUUGACUGUGGGUGUAACUUCCACAGCACCUGCAUCACAGCACCAGGAAUUUGUGACCACUGCCAGGACUGGACCACAGGGCCCCACUGUGAGCACUGUCGGCCAGGUAGCUUUGGUUCUGCUCUGGCUGAUGGGGAGGGAUGUGUUCCUUGUCAGUGUAAUGGGCAUGGAGACCCGCUACAAGGCUACUGCCACAACCAGACAGGCCAGUGCUACUGUACUCACCACACCCAUGGACCACAUUGUGAAUUCUGUCUGCCUGGCUACUAUGGAGACCCCAGGAACAAUGGCACAUGUUUUCGGCAGUGUCAGGGUCGUUCUGUUUUACUGUCAUCUUCAGCUACCUCAACUCUACCCGUCUCCUCCUCUCUUGGCUGGCGUGGGGCAGCAGGGGGUCAGGGUGGUCUCUCGCACUGUCUGUGGGUCCUGUCUGUCUCUGAGGAUCUCGCACCUUGUGUGCCAGGCCAGCUUUGCCCACCUGUUGCACUGACCCUGCAUCCAGACUCUUACACAGAAUGCACAAACUCGUAUGUGUAUAUUUUUGAUGGGCUGCCACAUUUUCUGGAUAAUGGUGUGAUGCACUCUGACCACAAUCUAAUUGGAGCCUUUUGUGGCAAAACUCGAAAUCAACCUAUCACAGUUGAAGCCACAUCUGGUGUUAUCUCUGUCUACUUCGAGGCCAAUGUGUCCUUGGCUCAUCCUCAGGGUUUUAAUGCCUCGUUCUGGGUGCGGCGCUGUGCUGAGGGAGGCUCUGGGGCAGACAGUGAUGGCUCAUCAGAAUGCCAGGGCAUGGCUGAGUGCCAUGAUGGAAUCUGCCAGUGUCCCAGUGGUUAUGGUGGGCCACUCUGUGACAGACUCAUCUGCCCAGAGAAUUGUGGAGCUGAUGAGGGACGAGGAAUCUGCAACAUGACUCUUGGAGUGUGUGUUUGCACGGUUGGCUGGGCUGGAUCUGACUGCUCCUCCAUCUCAGACCCAAACAGCCUGAUCUGGGAGACUCUGCUGGAUACACAGGUCACAGCGAAUCCAUCACACAGGUUCCUCCACAGAAUGGGCCACUCACUCGUCCCUGGACCACAAGGCACUCUGUGGAUGUAUGGAGGACUCUCUCUCUCAGAAGGCAUUCUGGGAAAUGUUUACAGGUAUUUUGUGGGUGAGCAUCGUUGGACUCAAAUGCUUACCAGUACAGUAGAAGUCUCCACCCCCAUGCCACGUUACCACCAUGCCUCUGCUGUGGUGCCCGUCCAUGACCAUCUGUCUGGUACUCAGCCAAUCACUCAUCACUUGAUGCUCGUGGUGGGUGGGGUCACUCAGAAGGGCGUUGCUAAUGACACAUGGAGCCUCAAUCUCAGCAGUCUCGUGUGGAGCAAAUAUGAGAGCUCCGUGCUGCCCCCUGUGGCUGGGCACACUCUGACAGUGCGGAGGGGCUUGUCUGUGCUGCUGAUUGGAGGAUACUCCCCAGAGAAUGGGUUUAACCACCACUUACUUGAGUUUAACCCAGAGAUGGGCAACUGGGCCAUUGCUCCACACACUGGAACUCCACCUACAGGUCUAUAUGGACAUUCUGCAGUCUAUCAUGAGCAGACUGAUGCUGUCUAUGUGUUUGGCGGUUAUCGUUUUCAUGUAGAAGCUGUGGAACCUUCUGGAGAACUGUACAGUCUUUAUUACCCAAACCUCACCUGGUCCUUGCUGGUGCCUUCUAAGGGAAACAAGCCUCUCUCACGUUUCUUCCAUGCUGCAGCCCUGCUGAAAGACACCAUGGUGAUAGUCGGAGGCCGAACAGGAGCAGAAGACUACAGCAACAGUGUGUAUCUGUAUCAGAUCAACUGCAACACUUGGAUUCAGCCAGUAUCUUCAGUGGGUGAAGCAGUAAACCGCUCCAUCUCCUUGGCUAUGGCGGGCUGGGGAGGACGUCUGUUUUUGACAGGUGGCUUUAAUGGAGUCAUGCUGGGGCGACUCCUGACUCUAUCUCUGCCCUCUGACCCCUGUGUCCUGCUGCCCACUCCUGAGGCCUGUAACAGCAGCACUGGCAGCUGUGUGUGGUGCCGAGGCACCUGUGCUUCAUCAGAUACAGCAGAGAGGUUGGGUUGUUCUAUUGGUCAGUCCCCCUGCUCCCCCACUCCCCUCUUACCUGACCAGUGUCGCCGUCUGAAGACCUGCAGCGAGUGCCUGGCACGACACCCCAGAACCUUCUCCAGCCCUGCACAACCUGCUCUGCACUGUAAGUGGUGCACUAACUGUCCAGAAGGAGCAUGCAUCAGCAGCUCUGUGAGCUGCACAUCUGAGCACGACUGUAGAAUCAAUCAAAGGGAGAUUUUCCUGUCCAGCAACUGCACUGAAACCAGCUGUGAGGCUUCAGACUGCCCCAAGUGUUCAGCCUCAGGGAAGUGCAUGUGGACAAGGCAGUUUAAGCGCACCGGAGAAACCAGGCGCAUUCUGAGUGUGAAUCCCACGUAUGACUGGACGUGUUUUAGCUACGCUCUGCUGAAUGUGUCGCCUAUGCAGGUGGAGUCGUCUCCCCCUAUGCCCUGCCCUGAGCCCUGCAACCAGAUUAAAACCUGCAGUCAGUGUCUGAGCUCCCGGGGCUCUGACGGGGGCUGGCAGCACUGUGUGUGGAGUAUGGCUCUUCAGCAGUGUAUGAGUCCCUCCUUUGUGCCGUUGCGUUGUGAGGCUGGGCAGUGUGGUCGUCUACUGUCUGGUGGAGAUUCCUGCUCUCCUCACUGCUCCCAGCUCACCCAGUGCUCCCAGUGCAUUGUUAGGCCACAGUGUGGCUGGUGCGCGACCCGUGGUGCAAAUGGGGCAGGACUUUGCCUGCAAGGAGGGCUGGACGGUGUGAGCGAGGCUCUUUGCCCUCAGCACAACAGCAGCUGGUCAUUCCUGCACUGUCCAGAGGAGGAUGAAUGUGCCAAUGAUCAUCAUCGCUGCAAUGUUACCCAGGACUGCCAUGACCUGCUUGAUGGCUAUCACUGCACUUGUAGACAGGGUUAUAUACUAAGCAGUGUGUCCGGGCAGUGUGAGCCAGUGUGUGCACAGGGCUGUGUUAAUGGCACGUGUGUGUCACCGGGUGUGUGUCAGUGUCACUUUGGCUUUGUCGGGGAGAACUGCUCCUCUCAGUGCCGCUGUAACAAACACAGCAACUGCAAGAGUGUUACUCAGCUGGACACCUGCCUAGAGUGCCACAACGACACUAAGGGUCAGCACUGUGAGAAGUGUAAGCCGCUGUAUGUAGGCUCAGCAGUAGGUGGUGGAAUGUGUCGACCCUGUCGAGAGUUUUGCAGGGGGAACAGUGAUGUAUGUCUGUCCAAAGGAGAGCUUAAGCUGGCCCUUGAACACCUAAAAGACUAUCCACUAGACCGUGAGAGUAUCAUGCAGUGGGUUACAGAAGGCCCUACUGAGGAUAACGCUGUGUGUGUGAACUGUCAGAACAACAGUGUUGGGGAUAAGUGUGAAAGCUGCCUCAUUGGCUACUUCCUGCUGCAGGGCAAGUGUGAAAAGUGUCAAUGUAACGGUCAUGCAGAUACCUGUAAUGAGCAUGAUGGUACAGGCUGCCCCUGCCAAAACCAUACAGAAACAUCAUCCUGUCUUAGCAGCCCACAGAAUGACCGCAAGGAGUGUUACAAGCAACAGUGUGCCAAAUGCAAGGACUUGUUCACCGGCACGCCUGUAAAUGGACGUCAAUGCUACAGGCAGUUUAAUGUGGACAACGAGUGCUGCUUUGACCCAACAUCACAGAACAACUGCUUCCACGAGCCCAACAUCCGCAACUUGCCGAAGGGACGCACUGUGUUUUUUGCAGCCCAGCCCAAAUUUACCAACGUGGACAUCCGUGUCACUAUUGACGUUACCUUCGGGGAGGUAGAAGUAUUUGUGUCCAACUCCCAUGACACCUUCAUUGUGGACGUGGAUCGUCAGACAGGCGUACACACCAUUAAUAUCGAAGAUGAGCUCACCUCUACCGCCUUGGCUCGGGGAGACAAAGACGUGCCUCUGGCACUGUCUCCACUGAAGGUGAAUGCUAACUCCUCGUCCUCAGCCUUGCUUAGUCUGCAUACAAAACCACACGGUCCGGAGCGGGAGGUGCGGAGGGAGCGGGCUGAAGGCCUCAUCACGUAUAUUACUGUGUGGAAGCCACAGACUGUGCUGCGUGUUAGCAGAGUACGUGAUCGUGUUGUCAUCACCUUUCCCCACGAGGUGCACUCUCUUAAGUCCAGCCGGUUCUACAUUGUGCUGCUUGGCGUGGGCACAGACAGCCAUGAUGGAGAGUCUCAAGGGCUGCUGUUCUUGCGGCAGGACCAAGCACACAUUGAUCUUUUUGUGUUUUUCUCCGUCUUCUUCUCGUGCUUCUUUCUAUUCCUGUCUGUGUGUGUCCUGCUCUGGAAGGUCAAGCAGUUCCUGGACUUCCGCCGCGAACAGCGACGCCACAUCCAAGAAAUGACCAAGAUGGCUUCCCGUCCUUUUGCCAAACUCACUGUCUAUCUGGAGCCCGAGGAGCCACAGCUUGUCUACUUGCCAUCAGCUGGUGGAGGAGGGGCAGUCUCCCUGGCUCAUGUUAGAACAGGCAAGCUGGGUGGAAUGGUCGUCGGGCAGCGAGGGCGACCUGGAGCUCCCUCCUAUAAGCACGAUCCCAACACGGGUACAGCAACCCACCAUCAUCACCACCACCUUGCCCUGAAUGGAAGCAACAGCGGGCAGCACCUUCCUUUGCACUACUUGAAUGCGCAUCACUACAAUGCCAGCUCCACCACCAACCAGACGUCGCACCACCACCACCAUCCAGCCUCACACGGCAGCUAUCAGCACUUCUGCCGCUCUGACCCUUUCCUCUCCCAGCUCCUGGGCUUCUCCUACUCCUCCUUCAAAGUGGGGCCUAUUACUCUGGAGCCCACAGACGACGGCAUGGCAGGAGUAGCCACUGUCCUCAUCCAGCUGCCCGGCGGCAUCCUCGCACCCAACCGGGCCUGCCUGGGUUCUGCUUUGGUCACCUUGAGGCAGAACCUGCAGGAGUACUGCGGCCAUGGUGGGGCAGGAACCCAUCCUGGAGCUGGCGGUGGGCGCAAGGGUCUCUUAGGCCACCAGCAUCUGACCACCAUGGCUAUGUGAAGAGCAGAAAGAGAGCUGGAUGAGCACGGGAGAUGUGGACAGCUUGACAGAUGGAAAGAUGGAAAUAGUUAAGAUUAUCAGACAGUAUAAAAAAAAAGCAGAGAAAGGACAAGAUGUUCAAAAAGGUGCGUUAAGCAUUAACAAGAAGACUAAAAUUCAGAAGAACGGUUAGAUAAGUAGGACCUGGAGAUAUUUCUACUCCUGUGACCGAUUCAUAAGGGAUAUAUAUGUAUAAUGCAGCAGUGCAACAGAUGAUGUGGACUAUAGCAUACUUGUACAUACACAGUGUUGUUAAUUACUAAGUGUCUUUUAUUUAUCGCUAUUCAUGAGAAGCUUUGCGUGACCAUUGCAGCAACGUUUUACGAAGUGCACUACAUGUUUUGUUUGCUGCAUCCUGCCUUUGUCCUAUACACACUACUGAAGUUGAAGUGAGCACUGUGCCUGUCACAGCAACUUGGCUUAACCUCGACAGAGAAAUGCAGCGAGAAUGGUGACUUUGUUACUGAACCAAAAUGUGCUUUAUUACGUCUAGUGACAAUCUGAACUGCCGUUUUACAAGAAGAGACUUUGCAGCAUUUUCAAAAUGAAUGUGAAAACCCUGACCAUCUGUAUUAGAAGGCUCAAAAGUGUCUAACUUGGUUGUACCAUAUUCAUUAAUUAGUAUCAUACUGUAAACAUAAUAAUGGGGCGUGCAUCUUACAGAAACAUUGCUUUUGCAGCACUUGGUCUGUUGAAUGAUGAGCCAUUCGAUUAUUUUUAUACAUAUUUAUCUUGUCAGAUAUGACUUUUGUCUUGUUGAAUGGUUCCUGGUUUUCCCAUUGUAUUUUCCAAGUUUCUCUCCCUCCGUAACUUGCCUUUAGUAUUUUUGCCUUGAGUAGAAAUGAAGCAGAUUUUGUGAUGGAUUUUGGACUUUAUUGCAUCAGUAGGACUGAAGGGAUUCACUAUCACUGGAGGUGCUCAAGGGUCCAUGUUAAACUGUACAUUAAUCACCACCGAAUACAUUUUGCCUAAGAAGUGCAUGACACAAGUAUGUAUUUUCCUCAGACUACAUUUUACUCCCUCCAAUGGUAAUCCUUUAAUUACCUUUGUUCUGUAUGCUAGCAUGCUAGCCUACAAGUUACAUUGUACACGUAAUGUAAUCUUGUAUGUGUUUGGCUUACAUUUACUGAGCAGUAUUUUAUUUUCCCUUAAUGGUUUAGCGUGACCGUGUCCGACAAGGGCUUCUGAAAAGUAUUGAAUUAAUUUAAAUCUUGUACUGUCCAGCCAGCGUGGAGUGUGUGGAACAAAAAUCUGCAAUGAAAAGUGUACUGUACAAAUUGUAUCAUUUUAAUAAGAUAAAUUAUACAGAAGGAUGUAAAGAGAAACAGCCUUUAUCAGUAUUUUUUCUCAUAUGGAGUUUGUGUUACAUUUUAUAGAAGAGUAGACCUAAUCAAAAGUGUCUUAUUUAAAUAACUAUUUUGGAAAAAAGACCCCUGUUAUGGUUUUAAAAGAACAUCAGAUGCCAUACAAAAAACAAUUAUAAAUUAUUAUUUGUAUAUAUUUUUGCCUCUUUUUGUUGGGUAAUGGUUCUUCUGGAAUGUGUCAAUAAAAAAAAAAGAAGAAAAAGUGUGCAUUCAAACAAAAGUCUUGUAUGUCAUAUCGCUGAUAGAAAAGAAGGAACACUUUGGGUGAAUAAGCUACUUCUAUGCUACUACUUCUAAAAACAUUUAUUUUGGACUUGUUUUGUUUGUUUUUUUUUGUGACAAUUUGCUUUAAAACAGAACAAAGAACUCAAAAGAUUUGUGUUGAAGACCAAAAUAUGUACAGGGGUGUGAGAAUCUUUGGAAUCAGUGCAUUCUGUUCAGUUCUGCACGAAUGCUUUUAUAUCUGUGUGAUUCAUGUUCAUGCCUUCUCUGUACAGCACUGUCUCCCCAAUUAAACCUGAUCUUAUAGUG